AUGCAUCUGCUCACUAUGUCCAAUUCCAACUCCGGCAACAGAAACAUCACACUUUUACUUCUUAUUGCUUCCAUCAUACUAACUUCUCAUGUCCAUGGAACUAAUCCAGACUCCGAUAUCAUCAAGUCAUCUUGCAUCACCACUUUAUACCCAGACAUUUGCUACUCCACCCUCUCCACCACCAAAAACCUCGCAACUAAAAAGGACGUAAUCCAACUAGCUAUCAAUAAAACAAAGGAGACCAUUCAAGGAAAUUUCAACGCCAUAAAGCAGCUUGCAUCCACUUCCAAUCUCAAGAAACGCUGCAAAAUCGCGCUGCAAGACUGCUUAGAAAUGGUAGCUGGAACUCUAGAAGAUCUUGACAUGGUGAUUGAAGAGCUGAAGGCAUAUCCAACACAGAAAUCUCUUCGGCAACAGGCCGACGACCUCAAAACCCUCAUGAGCACCACCAUCACCUACAAGGAGACCUGCUUGGACGACCUCUUUUACGAUUUAGACUGUAAGCAGUCGUCCAAAUCAAUCAUCCAAGGCUAUGACCUCAGUGGAAAGAUGUGCAGCAAUAUACUGGCUAUGAUUAAGAACAUGACGGACACAGAUAUGGCCCACAAGCCAGAAUCGGAUGUACGAAACCUCAAGGAGGAGAUAUGGCCGGAGUGGCUGUCUACAAGAGACAGGAAACUGUUUGGAUUGUGGGGAGUUGAGCCAAACGUGACUGUGGCCAAGGAUGGUAAAGGAAACUAUACGACGGUGGGGGCAGCGGUGGAAGCAGCUCCUGAGAAAAGCAAAACCCGGUACCUGAUAAAGAUAGCGGAAGGGGUGUACGAAGAGAAUGUUGAAGUUCCAAAAAACAAACCCAACUUAAUGUUUAUCGGUGAUGGAAGAGAAAAAACGAUUAUUACAGGAAGCAAGAACGUCGCCGGCGGAGGCAGCACUACCUGGACCUCCGCAACCGUAGCGGCCAUGGGUCAAGGAUUCUUGGCACGAGAUAUUACAUUUCGAAAUACAGCAGGACCUUCAGGGCAUCAAGCAGUGGCACUACGUGUUGGGUCUGAUUUAUCGGCGUUCUAUAGAUGUAGUAUUCUCGCAUACCAAGAUACUCUUUAUGUCCCCACCGGACGUCAGUUCUUCGUCAACUGCAGGAUCGUCGGCACUGUUGAUUUCAUAUUUGGUAAUGCUGCGGUUGUCUUCCAGUUCUGCGACAUCCUGGCGCAUCGCCCGAAUCGCAAGCAAAAGAACAUGGUGACAGCUCAAGGUCGGACAGAUCCUAACCAAAACACAGGCAUCGUCAUUCAAAGAAGCAAAAUCGAUGCGACUCCUGAGCUUAAGGAGGUUCAAGCAAAUUUUUCAACGUAUCUUGGAAGGCCAUGGAAGAAGCAUUCAAGAACGGUGGUGAUGCGAUCGACAAUCAGUGACGUGAUAAAGCCUGAAGGAUGGCAUCGUUGGAAUAAGUCGUCGUUUGCAUUGGACACGUUGUAUUAUCGAGAGUACAGAAACGUGGGGCUUGGAGCUGAUACGUCUAAGAGGGUAAAUUGGACAGGGUGGGGUGUGAUGAAGACGAAGGUUGAGGCGAUACCUUUUACAGUUGGAAGCUUCAUUAAUGGGUGGACGUGGUUGAUGUCCACCGGCUUCCCUUUCUGGCCUGGUUGGUAA